UAGAAGACUCCGGUCAGCUAUUUUUUCACGUUGCCUCGGCCUCUAACAGCAAAGUACAUAUAAAUUAUACAAAUGCGUAAUUUAUAAAUUACAAUGCAGUAUCUGCUUCUGAAAGUUGCAUGUGUACAGCCACUGUACAUGGUGACAACACAUACCGACGGCUCACUGCAUGGGGAACACUCCCGAACCGACCCUCUGCGUGGGAGCAAAAUAUUGAAAUAAUGAGUAUCAACAGAAUAUCACGCACAUGGCCUGGGGUGCAACCAAGAAAAGAUGAAACCUAUAUACCUUUCUUGUUAUCGGAGUCGCCACCGCUGGCCGAUUGUCGUGGGUGUACGCAGAGUGCUGGGAAUCGAUUGGCCUGAGCCCUUCUGCGAGGGAGGUGCAGUUCAGCCGACAGGACGUGAACGAAGUUGCUGGGAGAUCUUCUGAGGAAAGCAUGAAACCUCGGUCAAGAUGAGAACCCCAAUAGGCCCCGUCUUUCUCCUGCUGGCCGCUGGGCUUGCGGCGGCAGCGGAGAGCAGCUCUGCGACGCAGCCACGAAGGGAGAAGGACAUAUCCACGACGAGAAGAACUCUCCAGAGGGCCAAAUUCGCGUGUCUCGGCAAGGCAGAAGGUUACUACGCAGACACUACGGUAGACUGCGAGGCGUUCCAUUACUGCAAGCCCGAUGGGACGCGGUACUCCUUCGUGUGCCCGCCUAAGUCACGCUUCAACCAGAAGCUACUAAUCUGCGAUUACGAUCUCGGAGCACUGGCGCUCUGCCCAGAAUCGGAGCGCUACUACCAGCAGAACAAGACAUCUGAAAAGGACGAGAGGAAAUCGACUGAGGCUCCCGUAUUCGUACCUCAAGAAGAAGUCUCGAAACCCAGCACGAGUGUGUACCUUACAAAGACGAGCAUGAAACCCACAACGAGCGCACCGUCAAAGACCUCGGCUACGCGUAACCGGCAACCUGUGUCGAAGAGACCGUACACUACAUACACACCGAGGUCACCGCUAACGGCGCGUACUACGCAACGGACAACGAUGUGGACGACCAAGAAACCCACAACGACAACAACAGCGAGUUCGGAAGAAGACUUGGACGAGUACGAAGACGAAUAUUACGACGAUGAAGACACGUCGGAGCAACCAGGGACGCAGAACGCCUCGCUGCCGGCACUGGCAAGCAAGCCUGAAGCAACAACACCUAAGCCGCAAACUGUGGUAUCAAAACCCAUCCAAUCACCGCCUUUACCAUCGAGGUCUUACUUCGUGCAACCAACAGUUCCACCGACGCCACAGCCCAGACCGAACUUUCCGUUUCUGAACCACGUGCCACGGCCACGACCUCCUCACAAUGAGAGACUUCCGCUACGUCCAUUUCUUCAAAAUCCACACGUCUUCUUACCAUCUGUUCACAUGCCAAAAGAACGCACACGAAACAGAGUUCCUCCAGUUCACCUUCAGAAUCCAGCGCUUCAGGCUGGACAAUCAUUUGUAGAAUACAUGCCUCUUGAGGAAGAACACGCAUCGUACGUGAGUUACGCUGAAGAUGAGCACGCUCCUGAUGUAGGACAGGAAGGGUAUCGAGCUCAAGGAGCACCCAUGAAAUUGAGAGACGAGUAUGACCCUCGACUGCAGUUCCACAAUCCAACUGAAAACCAAGUUCCUGAUAGUAAGUACAUUGCUCCACCAAUGUGGCAUGAACAGAACAACGAAGGUUCCACGCCGCCGAAACCAAUUGAACCGGGGAUCCAUUCAGAAAGUGGUGGCUCGUCCGUGGAGUAUGACAACACCUAUCAUGAUGCACCAGGUCCACAACACUGGGGACCAAAACACGCGUAUCCCGGCUUCGGCGAACCGUCUCCUGUACGUGCUACAGAACGAGAACCACUUCCGAGUCCUUGGAAACAAGAUCAAGCCCAGCGAGUGCCAUGGAUGUCUCCAGCAUCGAAAGAGCAACUUGGUGUACGGUACACUGCCGAACCUCCUUCUGGAAGGGUACCCAGCAGUAUGUCGUCCUACAUGCAUGAUAUAGCGAGCAUGAGAAAGCAGCAUGCGAAUGUAGGGCCGUACGUUUCACAACGCAAACUGAAUAACAAUAAUUUCUUUAGCUUCGCAACUCCUCGUCAGUACGAGGGAAGCUCGAGGGCAGUGCACUCAAUGCCCGAGCUUGAAGCAACGAGCGACGACCCUAGGUCCUGGAGACCGUUACAGGCAGCAGAAGGUGACGGGAUUGAGACGAACACUACAAACAUUGGCGGUUAUUAUAGGACUUCAUCUGGCAUGUUCGAAUACCGUCCAGCACGAAAGACGAGGUCCAUUCAUUCGCGGCAAAAACGCCAGCUACUUUCGAGGCUAUUCGGAAGACGACCAAGCUUCAAUGGCUUCUCACCAGGCUUAAUGUCAGGCGUUGCCAGACCGUUCUUGUUCGGAGGACCUCCAUCCAACGCGCCUCAGUUGCCAAAUUUCCAGCCACCGCCAGCGAUGCCCUGGGCGCAAAAUCAAUUUGAACCCUGGUCAUUUUCGCCCCAGCAAGAUAUCGAACCAACGGCAUCGUGGAUGCGACCAACAUUCCAAAGCGCGUUCAAGCCACAAGGUCCGCCUUCGUCUUUCUAUGGUGCCAGCAUGGACGGCAACGUACCAGACGUGAUGAAAGAGAGCGACGCUUUGGGUGUGUCGGCAACGACUGAGUCCAGCGCAGAUAUUUCGAACUUGCACACUACUCCGUUCAUGAGCGAUGCUACGCCGUCGAUGAAACCGCCUCUGGACGAAUCCUUCAGCCAAGACAAUCCCGAUCUAAGCGAGUCUAUGGUGAGGCCAGAUUUUGCCAGUGACAACGAAAAGGAUUCGAUGUCAAGUGACCAGUACAACGAGCCUUCCAUGGACGUCACGCACAACGGCGGACGUCCGUUUUCGCAAGGCUUCGAACACGGUCCAAAGAUGAACGUCCCCAGUAGCCUUCAUUCGAUGGAAGACUUCAAAAUGAACCACGAGGCGUAUUCCGCGAAAGUUCCGGAUCACGCCUCUUUCUCCCUCAAUUCACAAUUUAUGAUGAACCACGAAGGACAUUCUCAGCCGGACAAGAAUGUUCCAGAUCAUUUCCGCCCUUCUUUCAACUCUCCGUUCAUGAUGAACCCUUUUCUCAACCAUAAAGGAGACGCAUCACACAGGCAGCCGCCGAUGCAGUUUCACAACGAAUUCCAAGUUCAGCAGCCACCGAAUCAGCGCCACACUGCUGGCGAACGUGAUUUUCACAAACAUCGCCAGUCUAUACCAUUUAUGAUGCAUAACCUAAAUUCUCAACAAGCGCUGCAUAAUCACCAGGGGUCAUUUCCAGAUAGGGGUGCCAGCACGCCGUUCCAUAUGGUACACCAAGAGGCACCUGAGCAACCAUAUAAUGCACACGUAGCUUCUGGACAUCAUCAGAUGCACAAUCACGCAGAGCAUCACCCUUGGAAUAUGCCCGACCCUCCAAGAACAAUGGCACCUCCGAGGAUGAUGCCAGUUCGUCGUCCAUUCCCCUAUCAAUCACCUGAAGGUCACAAAGAGACUGGCGAAGAUAGGAAUUCCUUCCGGCUCCCUAAUAUGCCCCAGGCUUUCCCUACAUUUAUGACGCACUACGCUCCAGGCGGGUCAGAGCACCUGGACCACCGUCACAGUUCCGCGGACAACUGGAACACGGCCGGAAAAAUGCCGGUCUUGGUCCCGGAACGUCCUCCGGAACAUUACUUCUCCCAACAACUUCCGGAAGAAAUCAUCGCCUCUUCGCCGAACACAACCGACGCUGUGCCUUCAACCUCAAAGCCAGCAAGUGGUGGUCAACGUCGUCGAAAGCCAGCGCGUCGGCGUCGGCCGAAGCCAACGAAGGUUACUCAAACGUUCGUCGAGAAAACAAAUAAUGGAGACGCAUCUGAGACUGCACCAACCACUACGACAACAACACGUCCUACGCCUGCCGGAAUUGUGGCUUCAAGUUGGACAAAGCCUUACGGAACGAGGCUUCAUAGCGCGGGUACAACACCGAUUCCUGCAGCACAUCCUCUGACUACACGCGCUUCAUUCCCUUCCCAGACUCCAGAUUCAACCUUGUUAGAAUCGAAGAAGCCUCAUAGCAAGACGUCCGAUGUGCUUGCCGAGACAACUCCCAGUCUGUUAGGGUCGUGGCCUAAUAUGCCUACGCGACUGGACGCAAGCGUGCCUUUGGGGUUACAAAAAGCUUUCACGUUUCCAGUGGCAAUUCAGGCUUCUGGAAGACCAUCAACUUAUAGACCUUCUUCAACGUCCACAACAACCACGACGACAUCUUCAACGACGACUACGCCGGCUCCGAGGGUCCUGAUGUUGUCGUCCUCCCCGCUUGAACUGACGGCAGACUCUCACGCAUCGAAUGCGACAAGCACGGUAAACCGAACAACACCAAUGUGGCACUGGACAGCAGCGCCAGCAAAGUCCAGUACCCCGAAGCCUACUACCCUCCGUGCGAACGAAAUGAGAAUAUUCAGCGGCAAAAUGGGUGCUUCCGUGUUCAGCACUGCAAGUAAAACUUUAAGUACCAGGCCUCCGGCGAUCGUUAUUGGCGAGAUUAACGAUGCAGAAGCAGAAAAUGUAAUUGGUAACGGCCGAGAUAAAGGUUUUCCGUUCGAGUUCUUCACGGACGUCAACCGGUUGACAAGGACGACGUCCAAACCAACCUCGCCGUACCCGGUGUACCGUCCGCCGGUAACGCAAGUCGUUACAGCGAUAUCUUUCAGCGAGUCGUCAUCGGUAGUGACAUCACCGCCGCCAUCUGCAGCAUGAACUGCCACGUGCUUAUAAGUUAUCAUAUCUACUCAGCGCUCUAACCAGAUGGUGUUUGGUACAGAGUUUGAACGAUGGGAGGUGAAGUGACAUCAGCGCCAGAACGGGUGUUCCGGGUGCACGUCUGGUGUGUUAAAAGAACUCGAUGGCCGCCUUUCACUGUUCGGGUUCAAGUGUAACAGACAGUACGACAUUAGUCGUCAGUGAAACACGAAUGACCUUUGAGGGAAGCGGUUUCAAUAAAUGACACGC